UAUUAUUACCAUACAAAAAAGGUUAAACAAACACUUUUAUUAUAAAUAUGGCACAAGGAAAAUUGAAAGUGAAAACAAAAGUUCCUCAAAAUGUCAAGACGAAGAAACAAAAAGGAAGUGCCAUAACAAAACGUGCAAAUUGCCCAAUUCAGUCCAGAAAGAAGAAAAAUGACGAGACGAAUAAAUUAAAGGAGAUUAUUACCAAAACUGUUAAUAAAGCUGUAGAAGAUGAGAUGAGAGCAAAGGCAGAGACUGGACAAAAAUCUUUAUCGAAUGCGCAAAAGGCAGUUGCAGCACAUAAUUCAAAAUCAAAAUAAACUUUAGAAUGAAACAAUCAAUAAUUACUUACCAUACUGUUUGUUGUAAAUAACUAUUUAUUUGGGAUAAAUAAUAUAUUUAAUGAAUAAAAGUUUUGUAAUAAAAAUG